AUGUCUGUAUUACAUCCUACUGCAUUACGUGGAUUUCAAAAUCAAGCUUCUGCCUAUGUGAAAGCAAGACCAAGCUAUCCGUCUGCUGCUCUCGAUGUCAUCUGUUCCUUAUUCUCGAAACCUCUUUCUUCCAAAAAGAUACUCGACCUUGGCGCCGGUACAGGAAUCAUGACAAAGCUUCUUGUAGAAAGAGGCUUUGAUGUUACUGCGGUUGAGCCAGUGGAUGGGAUGCGAGAAAAGCUGAGCCAAGAACUCCCUGAGGUGACUGCACUCGAAGGGAACUCUUACUCCAUUCCGGUCAAAUCUGAAUCACAGGAUGCGGUGGUCUUGGCUCAAUGCUUUCAUUGGUUUGACAACAUCAAGAGCUUACAAGAGAUCCAUCGUGUGCUCAAGCCUGGAGGAUACCUGUUCUUGAUCUGGAACAUGGAAAGUAGAGAACGUUGUGAAUGGCUAGGCAAGCUUAGAGAUUUAUACGAACAAUAUGAAAAAUCUGCGCCUCAGUAUCGUCAUGGCCGCUGGAAGAAUGUUUUUGAGACAGAUGAAGCCAAGAGCCUCUAUAGACUUCCAUUAGAACAUCAGCAAUUUGCAAAUGAUACACUUGUAGUACGAUCCACUCCUUGGACAAGAAUUCUUAGCAAGAGUUAUAUUGCCGUGUUAGAUAAAGAGGAACAAGAGUGUCUACGUCAAAAAGUAGAAAAAGUCUUGGACGAUUAUCAUCUACCCAAGGAUGAUAGCGAACCCUUUAUUCUACGCCACGACACUGAUUUAUACUAUUGUCAAAAGAUGUAA